AUGUUGAGCAUGAUCUCUCACUAUAUUUACCCUCUCGUUAAUUAAACUCUCUAAGCUAAUUAUGAAAAAAAUUUGGACAACAACGCACUCAAUACUUCCAUCAUUGAAUCUAAUUUCUUAUAUUUCUAUCUAUGGAAAUUUUGGCUAAUCAUUACUGGUAACAAAAGACUAGCUUAUUCUUACUAGCAAUCAAGAUCAAAAUCGAGAAUGGCUAUGGACUAAGUCCUCUUGAAAAGAAUCUCGAAUUAAUCCAAAAUGGUUGAUUAAUGGAAAUAACUUAAAAUUGAUGCAGUUUUAGUCCCAUGCUCCCCACUUCCAGCGUUAAAAAUUGAAAACUUCAAGCAUUUCACUGUCAACUCUGGUGGAGUGUUCGAGUAUACCUCACUUUUUGGUAGCUUAUAUUGGCCAUAGGGAAUAGUCCCAGUUACAACUGUAAAAGAAUCUGAAACAACCUCCUAUGACGAUGAAUACAAUGAUGCGUGGACUAAGAUUAUCAGAGAAGAUAUUAAGGGGUCAGCUGGGCUCCCAGUAUCUGUCUCAGUAGUUGGUAGACCACAAGAGGACGAGCUUGUCCUCGGAGUUAUGCAAGCUAUUGAAAAUAAGAUUAAAUUCAAUAAAAUGCCCCCACUUAAAUGA